AUGUGCAGCUGUGAGGAGCCCCGCUGGGGUUGGGGGCAUUGUGCCCCCAGCCCCAUUCUCCUCCUGAGUCUUCUGUUGGCAGCUCCGUUGGGCCUGCUGGGGGAGGAGACCCGCCAGGUGACUCUGGAGGUCAUCCCUGACUCGAUGGGGCUCCCCCAAAACCUGCUUCAUAUCCGAGCAGUGGGCACUAAUUCCACGUUGCACUGUGUGUGGAGCAGCCUGGGGCCCCCAGCAGUGCUGCUGGUGGCCACCAACACCCCCCACAGCAACCUGAGUGUCAACUGGAGCCGCUUGCUCUCCGAUGAGCCUGAUGGGGCCCUGAUGGUGCUUCCCAAAGACAGCAUCCAGUUUUCGUCUGCCCUUGUCUUUACCAGGCUGCUUGAGUUUGACAGCACCAACACGUCCGAUGUGGCAGCGACGCCUCCGGGGAAACCGUAUCCCCCGUACUCCUUGGCCGAGUUCUCCUGGAACAACAUCUCUGACUUGCUGGAUCCUGCCACCCUGAGUGCCACAUUCCGAGGCCACCCCAGUCACGACCCCACCCGGGCUUUUGCCAAUGGCAGCCUGGCCUUCAGGGUGCAGGCCUUCUCCAGGUCCGGCCGGCCAGCCCAGCCGCCUCGCCUCCUGCACACCAUGGACACCUGCCAACUGGAGGUGGCCUUGGUGGGGGCCUCUCCCCGAGGAAACGGCUCCCUGUUUGGGCUGGAGGUGGCCACCUUGGGCCAGGGCCCUGACUGCCCCUCGAUGCAGGAGCAGCACUCCAUCGACGACGAAUAUGCACCUGCUGUCUUCCAGUUGGACCAGCUGCUGUGGGGCUCUCUCCCAUCGGGCUUUGCGCAGUGGCGACCAGUGGCUUUCUCCCAGAAGCAGGGGGGCCGAGAGUCAGCCCUGCCCUGCCGGGCUUCCCCGCUUCAUCCCACCUUGGAGUACCCUCUCCCCCAGUCGCCCAUUGUCCGAGCCUUCUUCGGACCCCAGAACAACUUCUGUGCCUUCAACCUGACAUUUGGGGCUUCCGCAGGCCCUGGCUACUGGGACCAACACUACCUCAGCUGGUCGAUGCUCCUCGGUGUGGGUACCCCUCCAGCCGAUGCCUUGUCUCCCUUAGUGCUGGGCAUCAUGGCAGUGGCCCUGGGCGCUCCGGGAUUCAUGCUGCUUGCAGGAGGCCUGUUUCUGCUGCUGGGCCCCAAGCGGUACUCAGAGUAUCAGCCCAUAAACUGA